UUAUAACAUUAUAGAAUGAUGGAAAUGCUCCUUUGACAGAGGGAGCUCAGGUGUUUCUUUUUUACCUGUAGAGAUACGACAUGAAGUGCCCUUCUCAAGAAUGAGAAUGCUCAGAAUGCUGCUCUGUGAUAUUUGGAUUGUCAUCAUGCAGUUGCUAACUUCUUAAUCCCAGGUCAGCUCUAAGAAAAAUAACCAAGUGUGCAGAGGUGGGGUCACACAUUAGCCUGCUUUCUCAGUAUUGGGAAAUACAAAAAGAGCUGUUAAGCCGUAUUUAAUAUAGUACAGGUUUAAUAAACAAAUGAAAGAUCAGAAGUUGAUUUCUAGCAUAAGCUAUUCCAGGCAGGCUUUUAAUUCCAAGGAGCAGCAUUGUAAGACAAAUAGCUGCCUGGGGUUUUAGGGCUGGAGUUAGCUGAUGUAACCAGGAGGAAUAGCUCUGUGAAGGAUAUUAGGCUUCAUCUGGACAAACAGCCUAAAAGAAGUUGACCCUAUUUCUUUCUCUCCCGUUCCUGGAUGAGGAAUAGCUCCUGGCUGCGUGAAGCCUUUCAGCCUCGGGGAGCCACUUGUUGGAUGCAUGAAGCUUGAAUGGGGAAAUACCUUUCCUGUUUUCUUUGUGCAGCUGUAUCAUCUGAUGGAUCACAAGCAGCCUUGGACAUGCAUCAGUUUGAGGAAGAGCUGACGUGCUCCAUUUGCUACAGCCUGUUUGAAGACCCGCGCGUCCUGCCUUGUUCGCACACCUUCUGCAGGAGCUGCCUGGAAGGUGUCAUUCAGCUGUCGAGCAACUUCUCCAUUUGGAGACCCCUGAGAGUUCCUCUGAAGUGCCCCAACUGCAGGAGCGUGGUUGAGAUCCCUGCCUCGGGCACCGAGGCGCUGCCCAUCAACUUUGCGCUGAAGGCCAUCAUCGAGAAGUGCCGCCAGGAGGACGGCUGCGACGUGGCCACCUGCAGUGAGCACUACAGGCAGCCCCUGAACGUCUACUGCCUUCUGGACAGAAAGCUCGUGUGCGGCCACUGCCUUACGAUAGGGAAGCACAACGGCCAUCCCAUCGAUGACCUUCACAGCGCCUACCUAAAAGAGAAGGAGUCUUCUGGGAAGAUUCUCGAGCAGUUAACUGAUAAGCACUGGUCUAACGUGUGCUUGCUUAUUGAAAAGCUGAAAGAACAGAAGUCGCAGUGUGAAAGCGUCGUACAAGAUGAUAAGAAGGCAGUGGUGCAGUACUUUAAGAAGCUCAGUGAGACACUGGAACAUAAAAAACAAGUUCUGCUGGCUGCGCUGGAUGAAAUCAACAGACAGAUUUUAGAAGAAUAUGAACCUCACAUUGAGAACUUGAAAAAAAUAAGGGAAGAACAGCUGGAAUUAAUGUCACUGAACACUUCUAUUCAGAAGGAAGAGUCUCCACUCGUUUUUCUUGAGAAGGUGGACAAUGUGCAUCAACGUAUCAAAGCUCUGAAAGAGAAGGAGCUGCCCGAUGUUAAAGCCGUGGAGAUUUACCCGCGGGUUGGACACCUGUUGAAGGACGUGUGGUCUAAAACUGAAGUUGGUCAGAUCAACAAGAUCCUGACUCCGAAAAUAAAACUGGUUCCAAAAAGGAAACUGCUCAGCAAGAGCAGUGAAAAGGAAGGAGGAAAACCUGAAGAACUUCUCCAGGCUGCAAAUCCUCUGUCAGUCACCGUUAUUCUCACAGUAAUCAUAGCGAUAGCCGUGCUCUCAUUUCACAAACCGCUGUCAGGGGUUGUCAUUGAAUCCAUUCCCACUUAUAUUUCAGAUUUCUUGUUCUUUGUUUAUCAAGAUUUCUGCACCUGGUGGCAGAACGCAGUGGAUGUGGUGUGCCAGAAAUUGAAUUUACUGGCAGAGUUUUUAGGGAGAAUUGCUCCUAUUUGACUGUGUCAGCGAUCAGAUUUAACGUCAGGAAGAAACACCACCACGUCUUUGAAGUUUCAAUUGAAAAGCCAAGUUGUUAGAACUGUGCUUUUUCUUUCUUUUCCCAUAUCCUUCCUUUUUCAGUACAGCUUUCCUCUCAGUUCACAGUUAGGCAGAGGAGAAGGUUCACGAGGAAGAGGUUUUUUCUUCUGCUCACGCGUAAGGGAGGAAAGCAGGUGUUUAAACUGGAAGCUGUCAGAAACAGUGCGUGUGUCAGAAAGCUGCAAUCAGCUUACAAACUGUAAGUGGCAGAGAGCAAUCUCCAGUUUGUGGGAACUUCUUGAAUGCCUACUUUGGAAAAAAAUAAUGGUAGCAUAAAUGGAAAUAUUUUUUUAAUAGAAGCAGUACAGCAUGAAAGGUUUUUAAAAGCACCUGACCGCUCACUGGCUGCUCCCGGACGAGUCAGUCUGGUCUGGUGUGCGCAGAGCUCUUGAGCUGCCUUUUAUUGAUCUCUUUUUAACUGACGUGGCUGUAGGCUUGAAGUCAUGUGUUCAUGGACCUGGUUUUCAUUUUGUGUGUUCUUGGCUGCUGUGACACAACCUGUUUACAGAGCAGUAUGUGUGGUACCUGUGGUGAAAUACUGCACACGGCUUUUAGUGCCAGCUGUGCACAGAUCAGGUAUUGAUUCUCAGUGCUCAUAAUGAUCCUUGACUUUCUGCUGAAAGAUUUAGUGUGCAGUGGAAAUAGAUACAUACUGCAAUAAGUACCGAAACUCUCUUCAAAGUUAGCCAUGUAAGCAUUUCAGAUGUUAUCAAGAGUCCUUAAACAACUUGAAAAUGAGUGUAAAUCUAUUUCUAGCUUUUCAGCGCAAAUGAUGGAGACUUUAACUUGAUGUAGCAGAAAAGCCAUAGCAUCUUGUUCUGCAGUCAAAUAAUUGGUAACAUGCUUCUCUUCCUGGGAUGAGGUACUAAACUCACAAUGAAAGCAGAUUUUGACCUGCAGUUAUUAACAGAUUGAUUACAGGCUGGAAUAAUUAACUGUUGCAGUUAGAGCUGCAGAACACAGAUAAGUUUACAAAAAUGAAUCUGUGUCUGAUUUUGACUCAGCGCAAAUAAUGGUAUGUUCUAGCACAGCAGCAUUCCUUGGGCGCUUUGUUCUUUAAAGAUACUCAAGCUGUUGAACUGGUGAUGUAACUGUGAGGCCAGCUUUCACAACGCGGUGUUUUGAAACCCUUGUGCCAGCCCAGACCUGCCUGCCCUACCAGCAGGUGCUGCUGGGGGGUCCUGCAGAGCAGCAAUUGCUGCCACUGGUGUCAGUGAGGGCUGAGAGCAGGGCUGAUGCUCAGGUGUGACGCUGCUGUAUUCCUGAAGCCGAGGUAAAAUCCUAAGCUUAUCGGUGUCCUCAUAUGAUGGUGUUGGUAAAACAGCCUCACCAAUUGGUGGCUGUGCAGCAGCCUUCUCUGCAGCGUGGUGGUUCACGUUGCUCAGGUUGGACCGAAAUGUCAAUGCUGAGCAGAGCUUUGGAGGAGCAGGCCUCUGCCCUGCCUGCCUCUGGUUUGUGCCUCUAGCAUUAGUGAUGGCAGGUCCCACUGUGCUGCUGGUUUGUGAACUCGCUGUAGGUGCAGCCUGGACUGGGUGAGCGCCCAGUGGAACUGACGGUGGGCUCUGUGUCUUUCUGUCCAGCCCUGCUGGAUGGCUGCCACCUGCACAGUAACUCUCACAACCUGGUGCUAUGUCUGCUGCCACACAAAUCUGCUUUUUUUAUUUUCACGACUUUUACAAAUCUUACGGGAAGUUUAUAAUGCAAUUUUAUUUUUCCAGAUUACGUGAAUUUAUAAGAUGUCUUUAUCACUGAUUGAUAGAAACGUUUAGUACUCGUACUUCUUGGUGUACCAUAUAUUUUAAUAAAUUUGCAUAUUCUUACAUUAGAGUUGGCUAACACCUUGAUUUCCUCCCUGAUCACUCUCCCUCUAAUCCUGGACAGCUGGAAGCACUUGGGGACUGGACUGGGGCUAUGAGACAGAGCAGCAGGGCUCGCUGGAGCUAGAAUGUGGGUAUUAAACAGUGCUUGAUUUGA